UUGUGGCAGCGACGGAACGUGCGUUCGUUGAUCUGUAGUCAGUAUGUCUUCGCUUAAAUACCGUUCUACAGUGUACCGAGUAUUUCAAAUAUGCUUAUUGUUUACUUGCGGAAGAACAGUCACGUGUGUCAAUUAUUGUAACGAUACUAAUGGGACUUUUGAAAACUCUUCCAGCGUCGAUUUCGGAUUUUCAGAACUCGACAGGAGCAAUGUGUGUGACUGGAGAAAUGGAAGCGAUUACUGUCCCGCCGUCAGAGCCAGCGGUGAGGAGACAAGGACACUCGUGGAAUCAGCCCUGUCUGAAUUGUCUCCUCUGUACGAAUCUCUGAAAGUGGUCGGCAAUGAAGAGUGUGGAAACGACACUGCCCAUAUGAUGGAGUCAGCACUGAAGCUGCACAUUCCAGCGCUCAAGAUGUUGGACGCGACAGCGCGGCUGCCGUCGGGACUUCUGAAUGGCAACGUGAACCAGCUGGGCGACUUCGACCAGUGCCUGGCGGCAAAUGGCAGGUAUUGUCUGGCGCUUAUCGACUAUCGCGUCGACAACGAUGAGAUCGACAGCCUGAUGCACGCUCACAGAAUGGUGGAAGGCAGCCUAUCCGAUCCAGGUCACCGUAUCUCCCGCCAGUCGCUGGGGAGCUGGGCAACGUGUGUCCCACGGUCCUGCCGGCACCAGGACGUCCAGAAGGCAGUGGGUCGCAUGCUUCAAGGUCGGCUAUCUGCCCUCGAGGUCAGCGUGGGCGCAGACUUCUGCCAUAGGGGCACCGACGUCACGCCUGUCACCCACGGAGACAUUAUCGCCUGGGCAGUCCUUGGAGUUAUCGUUGCUGUCGUCCUUCUGGCUGCCGUAAUUGAAGAUGGCCAUGUGGAAAACAAAGCGUGGUGGCGCCGGAUCUUGGCUGCUUUCUCUGUGCGCGCCAACCUGCAGACACUGACGUCGACGGCUGCAGAAGCUGAAGAUAUCCCCGGUGUGCACUUAAUGCGCUUCGUGAACAUGCUGGCCCUGCUCAUUUUUCACAAGUCCGUGGCCGCCAUGUUCGUGCCUCAUGUCAACAGAACGGCCGCCGUUGAGCAACUACAACAUCCGUGGACAGUCAUAGGAAGAACUGCCAUUGUCUACACUGAUUCAUUCAUCGUUCUAAGUGGAUUACUUACGUCGUACAGCGUCAUUGGGGAACUGGACAGGAAGAAGGGGUUCAAUGUCUUCGGAAAAGUCUGUAGCCGCGUUUUACGGCUGCUGCCCAACCUGGUGGCGACGAUACUGGUGAGCACGUACGUGCUGCCGCGGCUCGGCUCCGGACCUCUGUGGAAGCCGCUGCUCGGACACCACGCCGAGCUCUGCAGGAGGCACAUGUGGAGGAACUUCCUCUUCGUGCAUAACUACUACGGCUUCCCCGACAUGUGCCUGACGCACACGCACCAGCUGGGCAUCGACAUGCAGCUGUUCGUGGCGGGCCUGCCGCUCCUUUACUUGCUGUGGCGCUGGCCUCGCAUCGGCCUGUACUCGCUGGCGGCCGUCGCAGGUGCCUCCACCGUGCUCAGGGCGUACGUCACCUACACACAGCGGCUGUCCACAGUCAUCUACUUUGGUGCCAACGUAUCACAGCUGUUCCGGACCGCCGACCUGUCGUACACGCUGCCUACCCAUCGCGCCACCGUCUACGUGAUGGGUCUUCUCCUGGGGUACGCGCUACGUAGGUCUCCCACUGUCGCCUUCUCAAAGACGCGAGUGUCAGCGGCAUGGGUGACGGCGGCGACGGUGGCGCUCCUAGCGGCGUGCGGCCCGGUGCACAUGGGCCGGCGCGGCUACGUGUACAGCGCCGCCGCGGCCGCCGCCUACAACGCGCUGUCGCCGCUGCUGUGGGGCGCCUUCGUGUGCUGGGUGCUGCUCGCCGCCAACCUCGGCUGCGCCGGCUGGGUGGGCCGCGUGGCAGCGUGGCCUGGCUUCCGCGUCUUCUCGCGCCUGUCUUACGCAGUCUACCUCACCCAGUUCCCCGUCUACUUCUACAACAUCGGAAGAACAAGAGCGCCGCAGUUCUACCACCAUACAGCGCUGUUCGAUCUAUCCGAAGUAUUCUGGAUUAUGGCAAGUUCUGUUCUGAUGACACUCCUGUUCGACAUACCAUUCCAGAAGCUGAGGAAGGUGUUGUGGUACGAGAGUAAAACUGAGCUGAAGAAAGAGUGAUGAUGAGAGGCGCUGACACCGCCGUCGAUGAAGUUCCUAGAGUCAUGGCGAGGGACAGUCCAUGAAGAAUUUUGUACUUUUCGGCCGUAUGACGACUAAGACAGUCUCUUUUGGUCUCUGUCUACUUUGUUGUUCAAUUGGACUUUGAAAGCUAUUCUGCGUGCAGGAUCCUGUAUCGUCUCCAGCCAUAAAAUGAAAUGCUUCUGUGUUCUAUUACCAAAAGCAAUUACGCUUGUUCAUUAUGUAGUGGUGAAACAGUUCUGUGGUGAAAACAGACUAAACAGCAAAUAUGUUGCCGGGUAUGCAGUUCAGCAAUCGCCUGGAUUGUGGUUCCGAUGACUCAUCACUAAAGUUACUUGCGGCAUUGUGGUAUUGGUAUGCAUUUUGGGACAUGUCGAGUGCUGAUGGUGCUGCAGUGAUGGAUGUCGAGGAUUUCGGAAUGUAACUGUUGUUAUCCAUUCAUAAGAAUGAAAUAGAUUCGUUACUUAGUCUAUUAAAAUGUUAUUCAACGACCUGGAAGGCGUUAAAAUCGAUAUGAAGAACAUGUUGCUUUCCGUGUACAUAAUUUACGAAAACAGAAUGUUUGUUUGGUAUUGAAGUUGUUGGUGCAGUUGCUGAAUGUAAAUGUAAAGUUUAGCAUAAGAUGGGAAGUGAAUAAAUGACCACAUAAAUUCAGCGAAAGAUUGAUCAGUGCUUCUAGCGUUGCAGUAGGGUUCUUAUCAAGUGAGUAAAUAAAUUUUACCUACAGUCAGUUCCACAAGAAAGUGUACGCCAUAAUUGUAAAUGUAGGUUCCGCAGCGACAUCUCUGGUAGUGGUCUCAAAUCUGUACUCAGUUCGCUUUUGGUCAGUGUAUAGAUAUACAGUGUGAGAGUUAAAUAUUUUCUUUUGUCGGUUACAGUUUAAAAUCAGUGCAAAAUGUCUGAAGCGUCACGAGGAAAGGCCCAAUGCUUUCAUAUUGAGCUGCUGCUAAAAUCCUUCGAAAGCCAAAGACAUUCGUUGGGAAGUGAGUGAAACGAUAUUUAGAGGUUUAAACAUGGAUGAUUUACCGGAGAGAGGGUUAAGGUGUCAAGCCAUAAUUGAUAACGGCGUCGAUUGGAUUAACUAAUAGGUAAUUGUGCAGUUAGUAAGAACAUGUAUUUUCAUGUUAAAAUGUAUUCAUAACAACAUCUUUUAUUUCAUGCAAAUAACGCUUGCAGAUUCUUGUGGAACUGACUGUAAAUAUAUCAUGUAUAUAUCAUGUAAGUCAUUAGCUUCGGAUGAAGCAAUAUUUCAAAACGUAUGUACGAUCUCAAACUUUAUUUACUUGCAUUUGAUGUGAUUAUUUUGGAUUGAAAAGUAAACGACAAGAGAAUGUGAAAAUGUACUGUAUAACAUAAGUUAAAGUUACAAAAAAUAUACUUUUAUGACAAAAUAUGGUUGUAAAUAUGCAGAACGUACAGUGUGAGUCAUGUAAGCUGCUCAUCUCAGAUAUUUCUUGGAACUUUUAAGAUAUCAUAGUGUAUGUAUGCUUUAACCAGUGAAAUGUGAAAAAAUCAUCACUAAAUGAGCUUUCGUUUCUUUUCAUAACUGUAUUAACCCUAGAGCACUAAAGGUGGAAUAUAUUACAUUGUUUCUAAAC